AAUUGCAACAGAUGGCUCCCUUUGGACUUGCGUUACCUAUACACUUCGAAAAAGGGGACGAUCUGCUUCGAAAAAGAAAUCCUCUCGAGGAUGUCGCGCCUAUUGUGCGCCAUCCGCGCGGCAAGGUUACGCGGAUCGAACUAAUGUCACCGAUGACGGAAUUUAAAAUAGAAUAUGCAAGUGAAUUCGUGAGGUGGGUACGAGAACGAGGAAAGAGCAAGAGAGAGAGAGAGAGAGAGGUGGUAAGCGAGCGCGUAAGAGAUGACGAGGAGCAAGAGAAAUAGAAGGACGCGUUCCUCUCCCAGUGGGAGGUACUAAAAUUAGAGAAGCCCACGCGGGUAACAGUUUCUUCUUCAAGCUUCCUACAGACAUUUUCAAAUAGUCCUUUACGCCGAUAACACGACGUGUUUUCGCGACGUCUCCGCUGUCAGUCGCCGCGACUCGGCGCCGUGAUUCUGUGUUCGAUUUCGAUUGGCCUACGAGUCGACUUCCUCGGAAGAACACCGUCGCCUCCUUUGGAAUCUAUUCAACGUUCAGGCGACUCCGGGAUCUUCCAACUGGCAACGAACAAUCGGUUUUUUUCCCUUUUUAUUGUCGACGAUUAUCGUUGUCGGGACGUUGUCGAUCCGACGUGAAAUUAUUCGGAAAGCAUCGAUCGGUAUAUUCCACGUCUCCAGUUUCGCUUCGACCGGUUCUAGUGGCAACGAAUACAUCAUUCGUCGACGGGAAGUGACGGGAUCCUUCGCUGUUAUCGUUAUCGUUACCGAGACACGAUAUCUUCGGGACGAACCAGACAUGGGCGAUAUUUCAUUCGAAUGACGGAUUAAUAAAAAAAUACGGUCCAAUUCCUGUUUGCACGGUACUUUGUUUUACACGAUUUUCAGAAUAACUAAGUUUUAAAGAUUUUACUUUGAAAACAUGUUUGGUCAGUCACUCUUUAGGACUGGUGGUUUGUUAUAAUGACAUGAAGUCUACAAAAUUGGAUUCCCUAUCCGGAGCAGAACCUGCUCGGCCGUCGAUCUCCCUAUCAAUGAAAUCCUCCUCGUGUCGUCGUCGCGUUAAGUGAUUCCACGACGUCGAUCCACUUCGUUAUUCGAGGGCUUCGUGAUUCCUGGAGUGGCUACUUCCGUUGAAUCUGACGGUAUGCGUCUCGAUCGAUCCACCAUCGAGUCGUCGAUCUCCAUACGCUCGCUCCUGAUGGUUCUGGUUUUUCUAUCGGCGAGCAUCGAACGCGUCGAGGGGAGGAGAUGCGUGUGUACCAGCAAGGCCUGCAAGGAAGCAGGGGUGGACACGUGCAAGACGAAAUUUUCUUGUUACACAGAGCUGAUACUAACUGGGGAUCAAAAGUUCGGGGAGAACGCCACAACGAGAGGAUGUACAGAGGGUGCCACGCCAUUGUUGUGCGAGACAAAGUCCUGGGUCACGAGGUCGAAGUCGAACGACAACGCGGACCGAUCGUCAGCUGCCUGGAUCCGUAUGCCCUGGCCCAGAUUAAAGUGUUGCGACACCCACGACUACUGUAACGCCGACCAUCGCGUCAACGUGUCCACGUGGACCCACGACGAAGAGAGGCCCGAUGUCGAGGAACCAACUCUGAACUAUCCUGGCGCGUUUAAUGGGAUAUCGUCGCAUCGAGACGUAAUGGGAUCGAUCCAACCCGAUCCAGGGCCGACCGCCGGAGGUCGAGAAUCAUCGGAUCAGCUUCUUCAGAAUCGCGUUAAGCCGCUCCACGUCGCCGCUCUGGUCUUGGCGAUCGCUGCCCUGAUAUCGGUUCUAGCAGCCUGCUACGUUAUUACAAGGUUCUUGAAGACCAAUCCGUACACUGUCGGCAGUGUAGAGUAACGCGGAUUUCGAAUCGACGUUCUUCGAGAUCAAUUUGCAAUGGGUAUUUUGCAUCCUCUCGCUGCUGAACCGAAUGCGUCGAGGAGUUAAUGAAGAAGUUGUCGCUCAUUCCACCGAUUCGAUACGAGAAUUUGAUAAGGAGCAAUGGAAACGUGGUCUUCUAUCGUGGAAAGCAUCUCGAAGGUGUCAGCUACCAUGGUUGUCACGUUAAUGAAGAAAAUAUUCUCUCUAUCAACGACAUCGAUGUUGUUUUGAUAAUAUUACUAAAUGAACGACGAUGAAUAGCAUUAUUGGCGUCCGCAGCGGCCAAUAAUCCCCCGGCACUACUGGUUGCCAGGACUUGAAAGCUGUCCGGCAUUAUCUACGACAAAAAUCUCUUCAAUACGAACUCGUUUGGCCUGUCAGGCAGCAGUUAUCUCGUGCAUGGUCGACUUCUAUUUAUAUUUUACGUUCGUUAGUCGAUCAGGGGCAAAAGUAUCCGUGAGCGCGUAUGAACGCGCGCAAUCGUCGAUUUAUGUAGAUUCCGACUCGAGUCGUUCGAACACUUUUGUCACACGCGCUCGUACAGAUCUCCCUCUAGCCGAUAGUGCACGACUGAUAAGGCAUUCGUUGUUACAAUGUGUCGAUAAAACAUACGAAUGUGUGGUACGAAUGGUCAAUAUUCAGGGAAUUAUCGAACUGAUCAAAAGUGACAAGUUCUUUGGGAGAUCGUGAACUUCAGAUGGCUUCUCUGUCGAUUGGAAUCAAAAUUAACCCAUUCACUGCCAACUACUUUAUAAUUACCGAAUAAAACUUAUAAUUACUAAAUCAGACUUUCAUUUAUUCCAUUAAUUAUAAAAUUUAAAUAAACUAAUAUUUAAUUAUUUAAAAAUUAUAUAAAUCUAAUUCAAAUAAUUAAUUUAUUAACCAUAAUAAAAUAUAUAAAACUUUUAAAUAUAUAGAUUAAAUUUAAAUCUUUUCAUUGUAAUAGAAACAUUUUUAAUUAAAUUAAACGAAAAUUUUCAUAUACAAUUUUAGCUAUUUUCUAGAUUUAUAAAUACUAAUUUUAAAUACUUAUCGAAUAAAUUCUUCGAAUUUCAUAAAAUGUUUAAAAGUAAAAUAAAUUCUUUAAAUAGCUAAAAAUAAUCCACAAUUUCAGCUGUUCGAGUCACGAUUUAUUGCAAAAGAAGAUCGUAAAUUUUGUUUUUAAAACAACAAAUUUAACAUCGCUAUUUUAUUAUCGAAAUAAUAACCUAGAUUACUCAUCUGUUUCAAAUCUUGGCGCCCAAGGCAAAACGCUUUGAAUCUUCCUGGUAGCGAACGGGUUAAGGAGUUCACUUUUGAAAUUCGUAUAUAAUGGGUUAUUCUUUUUUUUCGUCGUUCUUUUGCGGUCAAGGUGCUUGACAUGAAGCUCUUGCUUUCCCGAGUGGCGAAUCUUCUCAACUAUUUGCCCGACGACUCGAUUGUCCCAACUCUAAUCGGGCGUUCUUAUGUUUAUUCAGGAUGAUGGAUGCGCGGUUUGGGGAAUGGAUCCCAGGAAUCGUGGGAUCCCACCCAGCGGUUUCGAGAGUCAUCGACUGCAUGACGAGGCACCACGGGGGACAGUUCCGAGCAAACAAGUCGUCGAAAUCUUUUGUUUCGAGCGCUAUGACUAACGUCGGUGCUCGAAUCCCGUGUACCUGGUAACAACACGGGUCUGGGACCAGGUGCUUCGGUGUUUCCAUGUAAUUAGUCAUCCGUGGAACACGCGUAGCAGGGAGGAAGCAAAUAAAGAGAGAGAAACACGGGGAUUC